AUGAAUCGGGUGUCGAAGCUCCCCGUGACGAGCAUGGAAGCGACCGUCGUUAAAACUCAUGUCCGAGAGGUGUUCGUUAUCCGAAUCAAGAAUCUCUCAUCUUUGCCUGUGAUCUCGUGGACAUUUCUCAUGGAGGACCAAGAAGUUCGUGUCUCAGAAGUAUUUCCUGGAAGGCUGUCAAGGGUUGGUGUCAGGGGCAGGUCAAGUGUCAUGCUUAUCAAGAUCUGUCAAGGUCAUGUUGUACUCUGUCAUGGUCGGGACGCUCAUGCAGAGCAAAUGAUCUUUCCGAACGGAUCCGUCAGCCAGUGGUUGUCCGAACUCCGAACUCUGUACGAAGCCGAAUGCAUGAACACGUUGCAGUCGAAGUCGGUGCCGGGCGAAUCCGGACGCCGCUGCCCCUCCUUCCCCUCCACCCGCGACGCCGUUCGAGCCAUCCAGCGGCGGGCGCACGCGGUGUCCACGGAGUUCGCCAGACUUUGCCAACUCCGGGUUUGUGUUCGCCGUUAUUCAUCUAAAGGCCCUUCGUCACCGGCAUCUGACUCCCUUUCCUUCCCUUCCAACAGGCGUCUGGAGUGGCUGGAGUUGACCAGGUGCCCGUGCUGCCAAGUCCCUGGUGUGCACAUCAACACCUUCCUGAAGAGCACCUUACACCACUCGUCGCUGGGUCGUCAGAGCAAAGUCAUCGAACAGAUCUGCCAACGACUCACGGACGUGUGCGGCGACGACCACACGCGGGAGGCGGACGAGCAGGACACGACCCGACAGGUGGUGCAGGUGGUGACGGCGCUCGGCCACGCCUUCACCAAGCUGGUCGACCUCAUGCUGAGCCGCGAGAUCAAGGUCGUGGUGGCGGCGCUGGAGGAGCCUCGCAGCGAGAAGGAGGUGAGCAGCGCGGUGUCACACCUGACGGCGCUGGGCGUCGACGGAGGCCACAUCUGCCGCCUCAUCGCGCGUCUGGGCGGCGUCCGCGCCCUGCUCAGUCUCUGCCUGGAGCCGAGACUGCGGCAGGUGAGGGUGGCCAGCCUGAGGGCGCUCGCCACCGUCUGCUGCGUCGUGGAGGGCAUCGUGGAGCUGGAGAAGGCGGGGGGCGUGGAGGUGGUGGCGGAGGUGCUGUGCGACGAAGCGUCCCCCGAGGAGGAGCGCAGCGAGGCGGCGGGCGUGCUGGCGCAGGUCACGUCGCCCUGGGUGGAGGACAACCACCGCCUGGCGGGCCUCCACGACAACAUGGACGCCAUCGUCGCCGCCCUCACAGGCCUGGCGGAGCGGACGCGGUCGGCGGAAAUCUUCCUGCUGGCCUCCGCCGCCCUCGCGAACCUCACCUUCCUGGACGGCGGCUGCGUGGGCGCCAUGAGAAGGGCCGGCACCGCCCGCGUCCUGCUCAGGGCCGCCCGCGGGAACCCUUCCAUCUCCAUCUUCACCAAAGACCAAAUCGCGACGGUGCUGGCCAACCUGGCGGGCUCGCGCGGGGGCGGCGAGGAGGUGGUGCCGCGGGGGCGUGUCGUCCUGCUCGCCCUCCUCAACACGCGCCCCGCCCCCUCGCACCGCCUGCCGGAGGUCGCCACGGCGGAGCGCGUCCAGCAGAAGUCCGCCAUCGCUCUGUCCAGGCUGUGCGGAGACGCCGACGUGGCGCGGAAGGUGGCCCAGCAGGGGGGAGCCGAGCGUCUGGUGCAGCUGUGCAAGGACGAGGGCGAGAGGAACCAGAGCGAUGCGGUGCUGGUGGCUUGUCUGGCCGCUUUGAGGAAGAUGGCGUCUUCCUUAGGAUCAGACGAGCUCCGGGACAUGGACGCGGCCGAGCUGGUGGAGCCACGUCUUCUGGAUUCCUUCCUCACCUACUCCUCAAGGCAGGAGAGCUACGUCUGAAGGAGGAAGGGAGCGACGGAAGGAUGGGAAGGAGAAGGAAGGAAGGAAGGAAGGAGGAAAAUACGAAGGAAAAGGAAUAGAAGCGAGGAAAUGAAGGAAAAAGAAUGAAAAAAGUGAA